AUGCUUUUGGUGAACGAGCGUCAACCGUCGAGUCGAUUGGCAUCGACUAGUGCCACCAGUCGCAAGCGCAAAGUCGUUCUACCCGAUGAAUGCCGGGACAAGCGCGCGCGUCACUCGUGGACCGAACUCGAGUACGAGAUGGUGCUGGAAGAGGCCACACUGCUACGCGAGGAAUUGGAGCUGCUGCUCCGUGUCGCAGCUGAUCUCUGCAACGACCUCGGACGCGUUGACACGCCUGUCUGCAGCUUUCGUGUGACUCUGGACCAAAUGGGCGCGUCGCUGGCGUCGUCGCAGGCACUCACGGUCCCGCAGAUUCGCACCAUGUGCCAGCAGAUGGUCUCGAUGAUGCAGUACCUCUGUCGCGUGCACUCUCGUCACUUUGCCCUGGUGGACAUGCAGGACCAACUCUGCGCGUGUCGCAAUCGCUUCAUGCUCUUUGUCUGCAGCAAUGCAGCAAUGCUUGGACUCUGA